CUUUAUUUAUUUAUUUAUUUCCCUUUUUUUUUUUUGUGAGAAGGACGAGUUAUGCUCCGGACAGCGAGUGGUGGCGCAGCCUUGACACCCGCGGCCCACCCAGGACUGUAGCAGCGGCGGGGGACGUGGUGGGGACAACAGUGACAGGAAGCAAGGGCUGAUAAGAAGAGAUAUUGCGCGAGGAGACUGUGGCGUGGUAACUCACGUCACUGUUCUUUCCUAUUUUCUCAUCUUCUACGUACUUUUAGUUGAGGAAGAUGGUCUCCUGCGGCUACCUCUCCUUCGUGGAGGAACCGAGGAAGCACACAGAGAAAAGAGAGAAUCGUAGGCAGGUGAAUAAGUGAGGGAGUUAAUAAGCCACUUGGGCACUCCGCUGUGACUCGUGACGGGCAUGCGCGCGCCAGAGAAAGGAAGGGAUGGAGAGAGGGAGGGAGAAAAUAUAUCGUUUUCUGUACCUCAAUCCUCUUUCCUCCCACCUCCGAUCCUCGGGAGAAAGCGUUCCCGCGGUCUUUUAUCAUCAGGCUCAGCGCGGUGGGUUACCAGGCGGCUUUGUGAGAUAUUACUGAGUUCCAAAGAAGCCCGGGGUCUAACAGGGUCAGUCACGGAAGUCACGUCAGAAAAACGUUUGGAUCGCGUCCUUACCAUCACUGCUGCGGAAGUCUCACUAGUGUAGGCCAAAUGUGUGGCGUAAAGAAGCCUCAUAACCCUGUGCGUAUCUAGAUCCAUGUUGUGUUGUGGGUGAGCGGCGGGUAGACAGAGGUGUGGAGAUGAAAAUAAAAGCAAUUACUAGUGCAACGCCGAUCCCCAGCCAGCGCCACACGGGACAGCAGUAAGUGGUCCCGAGCGACUUAAAUACCACGGGGGGCAGCACCAAGAUAGCAGCGGCAAGGCGAAGCAAGGCGUGGCACACACACACCCGCGGACGUAGUUUGAUGCCUGCGGUCGGUGGGCCGCCUGGCAGCGGAAGCCCAGACGUUUAUCAGCGGAUUCAGUAACCCUGCCGCCACCACCACCACCAUUACUACUGUCACCUUAUCACCACUCUCUGCCUCCAUAUAUAAUAGUGAUCCACCAAAUCUACCAUUGUACAUCCAGCAAGAAAAGUGAUUUAUCCACCUUCACUAUCUCCACCUCCAUUACCAGUACAGCUUGAUCGACAGAAAGUGGAGGCACGGGUGGAAGCAGGAUGGCGGAGUGGAGGCCUGUGAACAUCGCCACCAUCACGGAGGAGAAGGUGGAGGAGGAGGAGGUGGGCGAGGAUGGCAUGGUGGAGACAAUCAUCUCGCCCACGAAGAAACAACCGUCUGGUGGAGAAAGCUCGCAGCCAUCAGCCUCCACCGCCCACACCGAGGAUGGAAAAGAGCCCCGUCCUUCCCCAGAGCGGCAGAGCAGUCUGGUGGAGAAGGAGGUGGAGGAGGGACUGGACAGCAAGCAGGCCGGCGAUGAAAAAGAAAACCGUCGUCCCUCCCUAGAGCGGCCGAGCAGUCUGGUGGAGAAGGAGGUGGAGGAGGGGGAGGACAGCAAGCAGGCCAUCUCCACCAUCCUCUCCACCAUCUCCUUCGACAGUGACCUCACCACCGUAGCCCCGGCCCGCACCACCCUGCCCCGCAACCACCCCGCCGCCCCCCGGCAAGCCGCACCACGCAGCAGGACCCUCCCCAGGACCGGCAGCCGCGCAUCGGGGUUCACGAUGAACCUCUCGGAAAAGUUUGUGACGGAGCUCGGUUUCUAUGACCCUAAUGGAAGCGGCGAACCCCUCCUAAGCCCCGUCAUCCUGCUGGGGGUGUUCCUGGCCACAGAUCAGGUGCUGGGGGACCACUCCAUCUACAAGGUGUCCCCUGUGUCCCCGCUGGCUGCCCUCAAGAUAAGGCCACAAGACAGGCUGCUCAAGAUCAACGGAGUGAGUCUUCAGGGUUGGUCACACGCCUGCGUCGUGGACUACGUGAAAAGCCUUACCCUGUCUGCCGCCGCCACCGCCACCGCUACCGACGCCGACACCCCCACGGAUAUAAUGCUGAGUAUGGAGUUUCGGAGGUCAGGGCGGAAUGUCAGAUCACCGCAGGAGGCGCCCACGAGCAAAAUUCUAGACGCCACACUCAGAAUCAGGAGGAAAAUCAGUGUUUUCUCUUCAGGAGCGACCGUCACCGCCGUGCAGGAGCGGGAGAUGUGCGUCAGGUAUCGGACUACUGUGUCGCGGUGUCUGAAGGAGGCGCAGAAGGGACUCUACGUCUCCAUCAGUCUCUCCUCUUCAGGCGUGGCGGGCUUGGUGACGCGUGCUAACAACAAUGAUGGAGCAGGUCAGUUCCUCUUUCACACCUUCGACGUCUCCUCCACCGCCUCCUCACCUGACCUCAACGGGCGAGGCGGUGGUGGUGCUAGUGGUGGUGUCGGCCAGGGGGAGGUGGUGGUGGUGGAGAGUGACGCCUGCCGCUCCUGGUACCUCCACGCCUCCUCCCCCACCUGCGUCGCCCUCAUGUAUUCCUCGUCCCUUGAGCCGCAGGCGCUUACGGAGAAGGACGUGCGUUUCUUCAUCGUGGUUCCUCUGCCUGGCGACAACCACCUCUUCAGGAUACAGAACCUGUCCACGGGGUCCUUUCUCUCCGUGGUGCCUGACUGUCUUAGCUUGGUGGCGAGGGACGUGGAUGGAACACUGCCAAACUCCACUGUUUUUUACGUCCUUAACUGCUAGGUGUCUCUUUUUUAUUUCCUCCAUGCUUCUUUAAUAUUCUUCCCUCGCCUGUCUCUCUUACCUGCAGUUCCCUCCUCGCUCUCUCAUCUUCCUAUUUAUUUCUCUCUCCGCUCUGCUUUUUUCUACGUCCUUCACUGUUAGGUAUCUCAUUUAUUUUCGUCAUAUUUUUAGUCCUCCUUGCCUCUUUGAUGUUCUUCUAUAUCUUCUCCUCUCUCUUAUGUGCAGUCCUUCCCUUGGGCUUCCUUACUUCUCUACUUAUUUCUCUCUUCUUGCCUCCAUUCUCCCUUUACUAUUAUUUUGUCAGUGUUUAUCUUCUAAUAAUGCUCCAUAGGUCGGCAUGACUAUAGCUCACCGAGUCCUUGCAUUGUUUCACUUGUUGUAUAUUUAAAUAAACCUUUGUACAUUAUACUCAUCAA